CGAAACAAAAAACACCCACGUAUUAUAAUCUCGCUCGCUCUCUCUCGUUAAUUACUGAUUAAUAUCAGAUUUCAAACACAAAAAUUAGUAGAUUCUAAAACAAAACCCUUUCUUAAGCUUCACUCAUUGUAAUCCUAUUAUUGCUCGUCCCUUUCUCCCUCCCUAUUAUUGCUCAUCUUCCUACCAAGAAAAGUUGUCAUCAUUAUUUUAUUUUUGAAUAUCUUAGUUCUUGAUUUUGAAGGGUGCAGAUUGGUUGGUUUUGAUGGUGGUGAUGGCAAACAAGAUUGAGACAGCACAUCAAAUGUACAGAGAUGGAAACUACGAGGAAGCGCUUGGAUUUUACACAGAGGCACUUUCCAUGGCUAAAACUAAGCCACAAAAGAUUGCUUUGCAUAGUAAUAGAGCUGCUUGUUAUUUGAAAUUGCAUGAUUUCAAAAAGGCAGCUGAAGAAUGUACAUCAGUGCUUGAGCUUGAUCACAAUCAUACUGGAGCAUUGAUGUUGCGGGCACAGACUCUAGUCACCCUUAAGGAGUACACCUCAGCACUCUUUGAUGUCAAUAGGCUGAUGGAGUUGAAUCCUUCAUCAGAAGUUUACCAGAAUCUUGAAGCUCGUCUGAGGACACAAUUGUCUCUAGCUCCAAUACCUGAAUCUGAAGUGGAGUUAGAAGAAGAGGAAGAAGAUGAAAAUGAAGCAGAACCGUAUGGACAAGUGGAAAUACAAGACGCAGCAACUGCACUAGUAGAUAUAAAUCAGAAAAAUGAGCCUUGUCAGACUACAAAUGAUGCUGAAGUUAUUGUUCAUAAAACACCAGACAUCAAGAAAAUUUCUGUGGAAAGUACAGAUAAAAAAUCUGAGCCAAGAAAGACCAUUGCUGCUGAGGUUAUUGCUCAAGCUAGGAAGAAAGUUGAGCCUAGAAAAACUAUUACUGCUGAAGUUAUUGCUCAAGCACAGCGGAAGGCUGAGCCUAGAAACACUGCUCCUGCUGAAGCUGAUGCUGGGACAAAAGAAUCAAUUAAACAGAAUUCUAAUGGAUGGCAAGCAAUCCCAAAACCAAAGGGACACUCGACUCUGGAUUAUGCGCGCUGGGACAGGGUUGAGGAUGACUCUAGUGAAGAUGAUGAGGAGGAGGAGGAGGAGGAUUCUCAGCCUCAAUAUCGGUUCCGUGUAAGAACAUCUGGUGUGUGAUCAGUGAAGUGAAAAAGGGAAUGCACGGUAUCUGACAGAAAUGUCACUCUAACUAAUAUCAGACCACAGUGAGAAGUCAAGAUAUUGGAACUGGACAGGGGCAGAUGAGGAAGCACUGUUGGCUCCAUCAUGCCAAAACUUUGAAAAUGGGGAUAAUCCAUCUUUGACAUGCAUUUAUGCUUGGUAACAGUUGAAAUAUGUCCCCUGCUUAAGCAAUGACAGAAGAGAUCUCCUACCUGCUACUCGAGCAAGUUUCCCUGUUUUAGCUAUGGUGAUGUGAUUCUUAUGCUCUACAUUCCCGCAUGAUCAGGUGAAGAAGUUGAGUAGUUGUUGAUGGUGAUAAGCUUUGCAUCUUUCUUUGCAAAUUACAGAAAUUCCCAGCCCUGGUUUGGAGGGGCAAGGAGUCAACUGAAAACUUGUUGAGCUAUAAUUGUUAUUAGAGUAGCAGUUUGUAACCUUCAACUUUCUAUGAGAGCGUACUAUCCAUCAUUUGUAUAUGUAUCAUAAUCUUGAAGCAUUUAUGUGGUUAUUAAUUAUUAUUAUUAUUA